AUGGAUUUACCAAGGUAUAGCAAAGAGUAUAUCGAGGGUGUUCAAUCUUUCUUAGAUUUUGCUUACUAUUAUGGAGAUCCUCAAGGCGAAGAAAUUCAAUGCCCAUGUGCAAAGUGUUGUAAUAUUUGUUGGACUCGAAGGAAUGUAGUGUAUGACCAUCUAAUAUGUUAUGGGUUUGUUCAAGGUUAUACAAGAUGGAUUAAUCAUGGGGAAUGGGAAAUUUCGAUGAAUGCUAAUUGUGACAUGGAUGAUAACAUUUACUCGUACGAUGAUAUUGAUGGGUUGUUGAAUGAUCAAUUUAGAAAUGUUGCACAUGCUGGAGGAGUAUAUGAAGGCCCAAAUGAAGAUGACAAUAAAUUCUAUAACUUAGUUGACGAGGCAAGCCAAGAACUAUAUCCUGGUUGUAAAGGAUUCUCUAGAUUAUCUUUUACAAUCUGUCUGUAUUUAUUGAAGUGUCUACAUGGAUGGAGCAAUGCGUCUUUCACUUCUCUUUUAGAGCUAUUAAAAGAGGCGAUGCCUGACUUGAACAUUCCUAUAUCCUACAAUAAAGCCAAAUCUAUGGGAAAGGAUCUCGAUCUUGAUUAUGAAAAAAUUGAUGCAUGUCCCAAUGAUUGCAUGCUAUUUAGGAAUGACCAUAAGGAUGAUGAAUAUUGUCAUAUUUGUGGAUCAUCUCGAUAUAUUAAAUAUCCUGAAGUAGAUAGCGAUGAAGUAGAUAGCGAUCUUGAGGCUUCCAAAAAAGGUUAUCCUGUUCCAGCAAAAAUUUUGAGACACUUUCCAUUAAUUUUUAGACUUAAAAGGCUAUUUAUGUGCUCAAAGACAGCAGAUACAUUGAGGUGGCAUGACGAGGAGCGUUCUAAAGAUGGAAAGUUAAGGCAUCCUGCUGAUGGGCAAGCAUGGAAAGACUUUGAUAGCUUGCAUUCAGAAUUUGCAAGGGAUUCUCGCAAUUUGAGACUUGGCUUAGCAAGUGAUGGGUUCAAUCCAUUUCGGACCAUGAGCAUAUCUCAUAGCACAUGGCCAGUUAUUUUAAUGGUGUAUAAUUUGCCUCCUUGGAUGUGCAUGAAGCCAGAGUACUGUAUGCUUUCUUUGCUUAUACCUGGGCCACGAUCACCUGGAAAUGACAUUGACGUUUAUUUACAACCAUUAAUAGAAGAGUUAAAUGUUUUGUGGGAGUCCGGGGUAGAAACAUAUGAUGCUUCAAGAGAUCAAACCUUUCAAAUGCGAGCAGCUCUUUUAUGGACAAUCAGUGACUUUCCUGCAUAUGCUAUGUUAUCUGGUUGGAGUACAAAGGGAAAGUUGGCUUGCCCUUGUUGUAAUUAUGGCACUAAUUCUCGUUAUCUUAAACAUAGUCGAAAAAUGUGUUAUAUGGAUCAUCGUGUUUUUCUGCCUAUGGAUCAUCCUUGGAGAUCUAAUAAAAGGUCUUUCAAUGGAAAAAUAGAAUUUAGGCCUCCUCCACCUUUGUUAAAGGGAACUGAUGUGCUUAAUAGCUUACAGAAUUUUAACAAUGUGUUUGGGAAGAAGCGAAAGAGAACAAAUGAUGGCCCUUGGAAAAAAAGGUCAAUUUUUUUUGAAUUACCUUAUUGGCAGCACAACUCAUUACGUCAUAACCUUGACGUAAUGCAUAUAGAGAAAAAUAUAGUGGAUAAUGUAAUUGGAACUCUUUUGGACAUUUCUGGCAAGACAAAGGAUCAUGCAAAUGCUCGUUAUGAUCUGAAAGAGAUGGGCAUUAGGAAGAACCUUCAACCAAAGGAUACAAAGGAUGGCAAGAGAGCAAACUUUGCAAAAGCAUGCUUCUCAAUGACCAAUGGUGAGAAAUCAGUUUUCUGUGGUGUUUUAAAGACAGCAAAGCUACCUGAUGGUAGUGCUUCCAACAUAUCCAGGUGUGUGCAGCUAGAUGAAAGAAAAUUAUCCGGUUAUAAAACCCAUGAUGCCCACUUCAUGUUACAUUACUUGUUGCCAAUACCAGUUAAAAGCAUACUUCCUGAUCAUGUUGCUAUCCCUUUGAUUCGUCUAAGUUCUUUCUUUCGCGUUUAUGGUCAAAAAGUUAUCACAAUGGAAGAGCUAGAUUGCUUGGAAGUAGAGAUUAGAGAAACAACGAAUCAAUUGGAAAGAAUUUUUCCUCCAACUUUUUUUGAUAUAAUGAUUCAUUUGCCUAUUCAUUUGGAAAAUGAGGUAAGGUUGGGAGGUCCAGUUCAAAAUCGAUGGAUGUAUCCUCCUGAAAGGUAUAUGUGUACAUUAAAAUCAUAUGUUCGCAACAGAAAUUAUCCAGAAGGAUCUAUUGCUGAGGCAUAUUUGGUUGAAGAGUGUUUGACUUUAUGCUCUAGGUACUUACAUGGAGGUGUAAAGACUCGAUUUAAUCGACGACCCCGAAACAAUGAUGAAUAUGAUUCAAUUAAUGCACAAUCUUCUAGUUUGUUCCCUAAUACAGGUUGUCCUUUAGGAGCGAAAAAGAGUGAUCCAAUUAUUUUAGAUGACAUGUCACUAAAUCAGGAACAUAUAUACUUAUUGAACAAUUGUGAUGAAGUUCAAGAAUAUAUAAGAUUCCAUACGAGGCAGCAUGAUGCAAGACGUAAAACACAAAAUAGUGGUGUUACAUUAGUCGCCCUAACUACAAGUUUUGCAAGCUCAAAAGAUAAAAAUCUUGUUGACGCAAAUUUGACUUAUUAUGGUAGAAUAGUUGAUAUAGUUGAGUUAGACUAUUAUAGCCAUUUUAGGGUUGUCUUAUUUAAGUGCGACUGGUAUGAGGUUGAAAAAGAUAUUUAUGGCCUUACUUAUGUCUACUUCAACAAGAAAUGUUAUCAGAACGAGCCUUUUGUCCUAGCAUCUCAAGUACACCAAUGCUUCUAUGUGCAAGAUCCAUAUGAUCAAGAUAAAUAUUAUGUCAUGAAGACUGUCCCGAGAGACUUAUUUAGCAUAAGUGAUGAACUUGAAUCUAAUGCCCCACAGUGUUAUGAAAAUGAGUCAUCUGAAUAUUUGGCUGGCCCAUCUAUACCGGAGGAUAAUGGUGAAGUUGCCUUAGUAAGGAGUGAUGUUCCAGCAACCAUUCUUGAUGUACCUCCAGAAGGAUUUCUAGCACAACAACUUGAAAUUUAA